AUGUCAAUUUUGCUGUCUGCAUGCACUGAUUCAACCAGAGAACUUCAAAUGGAAAUUGAAAGGCGUGUUAUGGAAUCAGACUCCAAUUUUGUGGCAGGAAAUUUUAACAAUGAAACCGUUGUACAAGCAAACAGUCAGCGGAAUAACAAAUAUAUGGAAACAGCACAAAAGUUGAUAAAUGCUACUACAAAAACUCAAACUUUUAUCAAACAACUUGAACUUAGAAGGAAGGAGGUAGCUGCAACAGUAGAAGAUCUGCAAAGCGAGUUGAAUGAGGCAAGAGCUGCUCUGGAAACGGUCAUUAACGAAAGAGACCAUAAUAAAAGUAGAUUUGUGCAACUAGAGUCUGAUAUACAAACAAUACAAAGUUCAUGCAGAGGACUUAGAAAUGACCUAGAGGAUUAUCAUGCCUUACAAGAAAAGUUUAGAGAAAAAGAGGCAGAAAUUUCAUCAUUGUACAGUACUUUAUCAACAAAGGAACAAGAGAACGAGAGAUCUCUGUUUUCCACAUCUGAGGCUACAGCCCUUUCUGACAAAAUAGAUAAGAUUGAAAUACCUAUCAUGGAGUCAGGAGAAGAUGAUAUGGAGCGACAUACUUCAACCACGGUAAAGAAGCUUUUUCACAUCAUUGAUUUUGUUACUAGGUUGCGGCAACACGUGAACUCUUUGUCUCAUGACAAAGAGGAGCUGCAAUUAACCCUUGACAACAAGGUCCUUGAAGUUAAGCGUCUGAAUGAGGAAGUCAACCAACUUGACAGAAAUUGUGAAGAUUCCAAAAAUGGGAAGGAUGAUGACUCUGAGAUUUCCUUUUCUUUGGAGAAAAUAUUAGAUAUGUUGGGAGCCAGUGAUUGGAACGGAGACAAAAAAUCUGCGGGUGCAAAGGGACUAAUAACAGUACUAGAAAAGCAGGUCAUGACUAUUCUUCUAGGAUCAGAAAAAUCAAAGUCUAGAGACCAGGAACUGAGUACUAAGUUGCUUGGUGACCAGAAGGUCAUUGAUGAAUUGACAGCCAAAGUCAAGUUACUUGAACACUCAAUCCAAAAUAGGACUUCUCAGCCUGAAUUUCAUCAAGAAAGGAGCAUAUUUGAAGUAGCCGCAUCACCUGUUGCAUCUGAGAUAUCUGAAGUUGAAGAGGGGUCACUUGGAAAGAAAGCAACAUCUUCUGUCCUACAAGCUGUUCAUAUGCUAAAUAUGCGAAAAGGAUCUACAGACCAUCUUCUACUUGAUAUUGAUUCAGAACCCAGUAGUUUAAUCAACAAAUCUGAUAUUGAUGAUAAAGAGGGAAUUGUCAUAGUCGUCGUCGUCGUCAACAUCCCUCUGAACAGUGCAACUAAGCAGUGCCAUUUCAAUUCUCAUUUGCAAAUCGUGAAUGCUAUGAAACAUGAAGAUCCUAAUUUUAUUCAAGAGCAAGGAAGGCCUUUACCAAAGUUUGGGGAAUGGGAUGUGAAUGAUCCAGCUUCUGCAGAAGGAUUCACUGUCAUCUUCAACAAAGCUAGAGAUGAGAAGAAAACCGGUGGAGCUUCCGGCCGCCAUUCCUCAAGCCGAAGAAUUGAUUCUCAAAAAGAUGAUAAAAAGAAACAAUCACCAAAUUCCAAUUCUAAGAAAAAGUGGUUUUGCUUUGGCCCUUGA